AUGUCGCUGGCGACUUUAUUCUGCUUAAUAGUUUCCCUCAGUUUUGCGGAAGCACAGGAAGUGGCUUUGGUGAACAUUCUGCAGGCGCUCAAGGCUGAGGUCUCCUUUCGCUCAGUGCUCCUGCUGCAGAACCAGACCGACAAUUGCCUGACCACAGGGGAUCUCGACAUCGGUAUUCCCAUUCUAAACUUUGAUGCGAACCAAAGCUUCAACAUCAAGCUACGUUUCAACAAGAAUCUGCUAGCUCUGGCCUGCUUGGACUCCGAGGGAGCAGCGGGCACAAUGAGCGCUCUGUAUGCAAAUCUGGAGGAGUUUCGCGAAACUCCGACACUCCUAAUGGUCACGCAGGCAACAAAUCUCAGCGAAGUCUUCGCAGAGUGUCGUUUGUACGGCAUGCUAAAUGUCUUGGCUCUGAGGGGCGCCGAUCGUGAGCUCAUCUACAGCUUUCGGGCCUUUCCUCAAGUGCAGGUGCUGAGACGUCGCCUGGGCGACAUUCGUCGCUACUUUGAGCCGCAGGUGAGAGAUCUCGCGGGUUACCAGAUCGGCAUCUUACCAUACACCGUCUUGCCGCGCUCUUUGAUCUAUCGAGAUGCAAGCGGGGAGCGUCUGAUGACGGGAUACCUGAUUCAGUUCAUCAGAAACUUUGCCAAGAGCCUGAACACCACUGUGCUGUAUCUGUGGCACCUUAUGCCGCCGAAUGAGACCCCGCAGCAGGAUAGUAUAGUUCUCACAGUGAAUGAGAGUCAUUUGGAUUUUCCACUCGCCCUCUCCAACCUCGAUCCGGAGCCGUUCCUUGGCAGCAGUGUGCUGGAGGUUUCCAACUGGUUUCUCAUUCUGCCCGUGGAGCCAAAUGUGCCGCCCUCCAGCCUCUACUUCAACCUCAAGGGAUGGCCCUACUUUCUGACGCUGAUGCUGCUGCUGGCCCUGCUGCUGGGCAAUGCCCAUCGCCUGGACUCGGGCAUGUCGUUCGUAUUGAGCUUCGGGCACAUCUUCGGCGACCACGUGCUGAGGGCCAUCCUAAGCCAGUCGUUUGUGUGGCCGCGGCGCCUCUCCUCCAGCCGCACUCUCCUCUACAUCCUGCUGAUGGUGGCAGGCAUCAUCAUUAGCACCUUCUACAGCGCCAAUCUGUCAACGUUGCUGGUCGAUCCGCCAGCUGCCUAUCGGAUACGCAGCUACGAGGAUCUGCGCAUUAACCGCCUGAAGAUCCUCCUCGCGGAACAAGAGACGGCCCUGAUGAACGUCACCAACAAUAAGAAGUUCCACGAGAACAUGGACAUCUUUGAGAUAAUCCCGUCGACUGUGGAGUUUAUGGCCAAGAGGAGUGCGCUGAACCGCUCCUAUGCCUACCCCGUGACCAGCACCCUCUGGCCAUUUCUACAGAUCAAACAGUCCCACCUGCGGCGUCCGAUCUUUCGCCGUUGCCAGGAGAUGUUAUUCCUCGAGUUUAUGCCACUCACCAUACCCAUGCACAAGAACUCAGUCUAUCGCCAGGUCUUCAAUCAAUAUGUGGCCAACACGCACGCCAGCGGACUCUACGAUCUGUGGUUCAGGCAGUCCUUCCGCGAGUUGGUACGCAUGGGAAAGCUCAACUACAGCGAGGAGACAGACCACGAGACGUAUCACGAUCUCAUAUGGGAGGAUUACAUCUACAUUUGGUUCGUCUACAUCGGAGGAACUCUCAGCAGUUUGCUCUUGUUUGUGCUGGAGUUGAUGGUCGCUCAGAGAAAUAAUUAA